UCCAAAUUCCAUCUACUCGACACUGGCAUUAAACCGUGCGUCGGCCCUUGUGCCCAGUUGGAAAAAUUGAAUUGACAUAGACCCAGUGCCAAUAACAGCAAGUUAUCGGUUCGGCAGUUCGGCUUCUGUAUAAUUAAUUCUUCUUUAUUUCAUUGACAUUGUUUCGGCAUAGGCACGGUCUCCUUCAUAGAUCUAUGAGUAGUGUACAGAAUGGUCUCCUUGGACUUCUUGGAGUAAUAUAUUCUUUGAUGGGCACGGUUGUUCUAUCCGGAUGAAACCAUGUUAAAACCUUAUGAUUUAUAAAACAAACACUUCUCCAACUCCAACGAUUCUUCAGCCAUAAUAAUUACUCAAAUUAUUAAAAAUAUUUAGAUAAAUUAAAUUAGUACCUAGUAGUCUAUUCUAUGUAUUACGUACGAUAUGUGUGCGUAGAUGUUGGAAUUGCAGGGAACGUCAACCUUAUUGGGGUUCUACAGGGCGCAAUUUUGGGUCCAUUUCUAUUUUUUGUGUGAUAUUAUUUCAAUUUAGGGAAGUCUUUAAAAAUAAUUCAUAUCAACUUUGAUUUCAAUUAUUUUUAAAGGUGUAUAUGCGCCUUAUAGUAAAUAUGUAUGUACCUAUUAUUAUAACAACAUAUAUGUAUUAUAUACAAUAAGAUUUGCAUUUGUGACGCCUAUAAUUUAAUCAGUUGUAAGGCCCUACUCAUUAGGUAAAUAUUGCAUAAAGAUCAAGAUCUUUAACGGAGACACGUCUUUAAAAUAAUAGUUAAAUGAUAACAGUAAAAAAAGAAAGCAUUUUUGUUUUGUUUUCUGUAUUUCCUAUUGAAUGCUCUAGCCACUUAAAAUAACCACGAAUUAAUAACAUGAUAAGAUAAGGCAAAGAGUUCGAGUCUUCCGAUAACACUGUCGAUGCAUGCAAUAUGUAAUACAUAAGGUCGUCAAUACAACGUCAUGCCCGAGCAGAGACGUUUACUUUGAUAUUAUUCGACCACAUUUGAUAUCGAGCGUUGAAAAUGAUCCGCCUAGAGUGAAGUGCGUGACUAAGUCCGUUGUUAAAAAUGUUUGUUCAUUGUUUAGAAAAAUGCCAGAAGUAGAAGGAAAGCCACUAAGAUAUGGAAGUUGAAGAGAGAUCGCAAGGCGUGACUUGGCGCUGGCCAGUGCUCGUCUCGGUCAUUAUAUUAAACAUCUGUCUUCCAAGUCUCAUCUUGUCGUAUGGCGUGCUGUGGGUAUAUAUUUCCAGCGAGGUUCCCUUGUGGCUUGGUCUAAUCACACCUACAAUAUUUCUCCUCACAUACGGCCUGACACAAUGUUGGUUCAGAGAAGCAGCGGAUUCUUGGGGUGGAGCGAAUGGAUAUAGAUUUAUGGCAAGCGUUGGACUAGUGUUCGUUGUCAUUGGCCUCAUGGUUUGCGCAUUCGUGCCCGUGCAAUAUCAAUUGCUUCUUUACGGAGUUUUAGGAGGCCUGGGUUCAUCGCUAAUAUCAGCACAAGUAGAUGCAGUUUUGUUUGAAACAUAUGACACACGUCUAGAACUUGUUCGAGGCAUGUGUUACACAGGACAGGCAAUUGGACAGUCUCUCUUCCCUCACAUUUUAUUUAUCCUCAUAGAGUAUUACGGCUAUGCUUUCUCUUACAUAUUACUAGCAGGUAUAAUGCUACAAACAUUGCCCGUUAUAUUGUUCCUAAAAGUAGACGAUCCCAGAAGAUCAGCAUACUUCACAAGAUACAAAGAGUUGUCACAAACGUUUCUGAUGUACAAAAAUGAAAUCGACCAGUUCUAUGGCACUGAGUUGCAAUUGCACAAUUUAAGUAAGAAAUGCUGGAAGAGUCCCUCUGAUGAUAACUUACAUCGGUUAGGUGAUAAUGAUAAUGGCAAUAAUAAGAUAGUCGAAACUAUUACGCCACCUCCUAGCCCUGAAGAAAAGAGGAGGAAUAUUUUCGGAGUUGAAAUUUUACCAGAAAUACCCGAAGAAACUGAAGAAAGCGAGACUGAUGACGAAAGUGACUGUGAAACAAAUGUAAAUAUAAGUAAAAAACGUUUUAGUAUGGCGAUUAAAAGAUUAAGUGUGAUAGGUGACAAUUUCGAUGAAUGCAUUGUAAAUCAGGUUCGAAGAGAUUCACAGUCAAAUGGAGAUAUUGCUGAAAAUAGGGAGUAUUCUGAAUUGGAAGUGAGGUACGAUACAAUAGCACCGCCAAUAACAGAUAUACAAACGGAAAAGUUAUUAAACACAUUCAGCUUUCGAUGUCAGUCUGCCUAUUUGAAUAUGAAGAGAAAAGUUUCGAUACCUUCGUAUAGAGUAUACAGAAUAAGAAGGAGAAUGUUGUACCUGAUGUAUAGUAUAAACGACACAUUUUUCAAGCCACUAACGAGAUCAUUGUCGUGUGGUAAAUUUUAUCCAGCGUUACUUUUAAGUUUUAUUAAAUUAAGUUUAAUGGCAGUGGGUAUAGUUUUGCUGCCAAUGAUUGGUCUUCAGAUUCGACCGAAAAUAGCAAUGUAUGAGACCAAUUUUUUGAUGUCCCUUCACGGGUUCACGUGGAUAUGUUUCUUGCUAUGUACGCCAUGGUUGGCGCAAACACCAAAGAGAAAUUUUAAGUACGUGGUUACUUUUGGGCUCGUCGUUUCAACGUGUGCAUGUUUUGUGUUGGCCGAGGCUAAUAACCACGAUUCGUUCGCAAUCGGUUGCGUUAUAGCAGGCUUUGGAUACGGGGCUGUGACUUCGUGUUGGGAAUCGACUGUUCAAGAGUUCAUCGGUGCUCGCAAAUGGCCAAAACUCCACAGUACUAUAGAAACUGUGUCAGCGACUCUUUUGGUCAUUUUCGUUGUGGGUAUAUCAUUCGUGGUGCAGGAAGAUAAUGGACUUCAAUUCUCAAUGUUCAUAUUGGGUAUAAUAACGGCUGUGGUAUCUUUUGUCUGGAUUGUAAUUUCUGGUGUGUCAAUUUACAGAACCAAAGUGAGGACGUUGAGUUUUAAACGAAAAUGGACAUUUUGAUAAUGCAUUUCUGUUCCAUGAUAUUAUACAUCUCUCUAUUGACUGAAUUUAAUUUUGCACAAUUUAUUUAUUUGUAUAUUAUUAACAUUUUCAUCGAGUUGACAAUAGUCUAUACUUUUAAUAAAUUUAAAGACGUUUAAAUGGUUGUGAUAUUAAGUAAGGAAAUGUAAUGCAUGCUUAAAUAUAUAAUUAAAGUAUGGUUUGACUAUUCACAAGUGAAAUAUAUUUUUAUGGCAACAU